CACUUCCGGGAGGGGAUAUUUAAAGGGCCAGCCAAACACACUUAAAAAAAAAAGUCGACGCGUGCGUGUGUAUGUAUGUGUAGAUUAACACGUACUAGGAUGGUAGCUUGUUGCAAGUGCGUCUCUUUGAGACAAGAUAACAAUACAGUGAGGACGAGCUAUUUGGGCAGACAGAACAGCGAGCGAGCGCGUGCGUUAUGGUUCUUGAGACUCGCAGCUAGAUUUGAGGGUCAGAAGUGAGUCAAGCCCCUCUGUACGUCGCGCACGCAGAGCAAGCCUUUCUUCCGGUGGCAGGGGAGAUGAUAAAAGCCGCCGUUCGGAGUCCCACAAUGGAGCUCCCGGCGACUGACUUCACGAUGGGCAGCUGUGGCGGCGGCGAUGAUGACGAUAGCAACUCGGAGGCAGUGUCGGCGGGGUCGAGUGAGCCCCGGGAGCGACCCCCACUGGUGUCUGUGGCAGCGGUACUGCCCGCCGGAGGAAGCGGGGAGCGCAUGGGCGGCUGCACUCCGAAGCAGUUCUGCGUUCUGCUGGGGAGGCCGCUCAUUAGCUACACGGUCUGGGCCAUAGAAAGAAUCAACUGGAUAUCUGACAUUGUUGUGGUGGUAUCUUCGGAGAAUGUUGAAAGAAUGAAGUCUAUCAUAAAAAAAUAUGGCCACAAACGAACAAUAGUAGUCGAAGGUGGAAUGACUCGUCAUAGAUCAAUCUUCAAUGGAUUGAAAAUAUUUGUGAAUAGCCACCUUCUCAGUUCACCGCUCCAGAAACCAGAAGUAGUAAUAAUCCAUGAUGCCGUGAGACCAUUUGUUGAGGAGGACAUACUUUUUAAAGUAGUUAUGGCUGCCAAAGAUCAUGGGGCAGCAGGAGCAAUCUGUCCUCUUGUCUCCACUGUUAUUGCUUCCUCUGCAGAUGGGUGUUUAGACCAUUCGCUAGAUCGUGCCAAAUACAGAGCAAGUGAAAUGCCUCAGGCUUUCUUAUUUGAUAUAAUCUAUCAAGCAUAUCAUCAGUGCAGCGACUAUGACCUGGAUUAUGGAACAGAAUGCUUGCAUCUGGCACUAAAAUACAGCAAAACAAAUGCUAAACUCAUUGAAGGGCCCCCUGACUUAUGGAAGGUGACCUACAAGCGGGAUCUAUAUGCAGCUGAUUCUUUAAUUAAGGACACUAUAUCGCAACAAGUUUGUGUUAUCACUGAUAUGAAGGAGGAUAUUGUGCAAGCAGAAUUUCUUCUUCAUGAAACAUUGAAGAGUCAUGUGAAACUGGUUAAAGCUAUAUCAACAUCCCUUUGUAAAAAAGAAAAUCAUCUACAAAAUAUCUUAUUAGGACAAUGUUACAACUUUAUUUGCAUAAACGAUAAACUUCCUGACUUUCAAGAAACCCAUCAGCUAGUGAAAAUACUUGAAAACACAAAUGCUUCUGUUUUAUACUCUGUUGUUAUCAUCUUGGUACACUUGGAUAUUUUAGAAAAUAUGUCUUUUAUCAGGGAAAUGCAAAGAUUUGCCAAGGAAAUGGAAAAGAAAAAUAUUUUGCUUUAUGGUCUCAUUAUGCAUUACGAAAAGGACAGUCUUAAGCUUCAAGAGACUAUGGAUUCAGCUGCUGCACUUAUCAUGGCAUUAAUAAGAGACAGAAAUCCUGCCUUUGUAGGCCAGCUUCUAGUAGCAUGAAAAGGAAAUAUACAUAUAUCAAGCAGGCUUCAUUGCAGGCUUUUUAACAGUUAUAAUUGAAAUCUACUAACAGUGUAUUUAGGGUGGCAUUUAAAUAUUUAAGGAGGUUUUAUAUGAAAUAUAGGUACUAUAAGAUACAGAAGGGUAUGUUGCCUUGAGUGUCUUUGGGCAGAGAAAACUGCUAAGAAAUAAGAUUAUGCUGUUAUAUCCUUUUAGAACACAAAUUGUUUCAAAGCCAUGUGGAUGCGAUCUAGCCAAAGUGAAGUACUUUAUGUACAAUUAUUCCAUGAGAGCAUACUAUACUAAGCAUGUGUUUAACUAUCCCAUCUCCUUUUCAAAACUCUGAGGGCGAUUUAUUUCACUAUAUUAUUCCACUUUAAACAGUCACAGCUGCCCUCAAAGAAUCCUGGGAAGUGUAGUUUGUGAAGGGUGAUGAAAGCUGUCAGAAGAUUCCUGUUUCCCUCACAGAGCUACAACUCUCAGAGUUUUCUGGGAAGACGAAGUGACUGUUAAACCACUCUGGCAAUCUGUAGCUUUGUGAUGAGAAUAGGUACCUCCUGACAAUUCUCAGCAUGCUUCACAAACUACACUUCCCAGGAUUCUUUGGGGGAAGCCAAGACAGUUUAAAGUGGAGUAAUAGUGGAAUAAAUAUCUGGUGUGAAUGUGGCCUGAGAGGUCUAGCAGCAGAAUGCUCAUUUGACUCCCCUACUUAUUGGUAAACUGGUCUGGCUCCAAUCGAGACAUCUUCAGGUAAAGCCUUUAAUCAAAAACAUGAUAUAUAUCCACCUGCUUAUUAUAAACAUAUUUUAAAAGUGUUCAGAAGUAGCUACUACUAAGAUUAAUUAGACAUACUCUCAAGUAAGUGCAUAUAGGAUUGCAGCCUAAUUGGACCAUAUAUGCAAUACAUACACAUAGGACAUACAAUGCCCUUGUUCAUGCAUCACAGUAAACCAUAGCUAACAGUUUGUCAUGACUAUGUCUUUCUGGUUCAUUUCACUCCUCCGUGCUAACAUGCAGAGGAAACAAACUAAAAUCCCUGUUUUAGUGUUAUGGUUAUUUAGUGUUAUUUGUUUUGCUCCCCAAAAAUGUGAUCUGUACCCAAGUUUUGUUCUUGCCUUACUGAUCAUGGUUUGCUGGAGCAAAAUGAACCAUGAUCCCUGGUUCAGAAGCCAGGGACAUAGUUUGUUUCCCCCACAUGCUAGUAGGAAGGGUAUAAAUAGCUCCAAAAGACAAGUUCAUGGUAAACCAUUAAUGAUAAUGUACCAUGAUGUAGGGGAACUGGGCUAAAGUUCACUUUUCAGAACAUGAUUAGAGAGAUUGUGAAUUAGUGUUGUACCCCAUGACACUAUCUGUAAAGAAUCAGAAAUUGCUGUAACAUGUUCACUAUAACAAGUAUAGUGACUUAAAAAUGCUAGUUCUUGCAGAGAAGAAAACUAUUUUGAAAGCAACCAGUAUCCCACUUUCUCUCUGGAAAACCCCAAACACACUCUUGUUUCUCCUGCACUUUCACACAAUACACCAGUGUUAACAUCAAGCACACAUCCCAUUAAUUCAUCAUGUACACAACAAACACACAUAGAUGGAUCAAUUAAGAUACAAUGGAAACAGAGAAAGCUAAGCAUGAGUCAGCCACUGGGGUGGGAAAGUGAGAAUUAUGCAGCACUCUGAGCAUUUACAAGAGAUGCUGUUACUCUGGUGUCCAUUUGAUCCUAAUGUGCUCCCUUUGUACAUUUUGUAUUUUUAAUCAAAAUACAUCAAAAGUAAUGUUAAGAAAGCAUCUCCUUAUAUAUGAAACUACUCCAUUUGCUGUAACUCAAGGACUGACUUGACCUUUUUUAAGGUUCUCUCCCCCUCCCCCCCAGUGAUGAGAAAUUUGUUCAGCACUUUAUGGGGAGAGUGAGCGAGCAAGAGAAUGGAGCUUAUGAAAUGGAAAUAGACUGCCUUCAAGUCGAUCCUGACUUAUGGUGACCCUAUGAAUAGGGUUUUCAUGGUAAGCGGUAUUCAGAGGUGGUUUACCAUUGCCUUCCUCUGAGGCUGAGAGGCAGUGACUGGCCCAAGGUCACUCAGUGAGCUUCAUGGCUGUGUGGGAAUUCGAACCCUGGUCUCCCAGUCAUAGUCCAACACUCUAACCACUACGCCGCACACUGACAGGGUGAACCAAAAAAGCCUCUGAGAAGAAAUAAAGUUGGUUCCCCCACUUGUGCACAUCAGUCCUCCUACCCCUCUGACCUGCUGCCUAAAUAUAAUGCUUGUCUAGGCUGGGGCAAGCACUGCAGGCUGCUAUUUUUGCAUUUCCCUUCACUGCAGGCAGACAGACAGGUAACCACACAGCUCAACUGCCUCUUGGAAGGACCAAUUGGAAAGGGGGCAGAGUAGCAAGGCAGCCUGUAGGAGCAAAUAAGGGAGCCAUGACAGCCUUCCCCUCCCAAUGUGUAUACACAUACAAUUUCUUUCUUUUUGUGGUCUAGGAAAAGUAUGUCAUUACCGAUAGUGGUAGGCUUUCUGUUUUGCUGCUUCUACACUUAUGAAAUACAUGAGAAAUACAAAGGAAAGACAACAACAUCAACUUAGCCGCUUACCAUUUAACUCUAUGUGCUGAGCAUUAUGUUAAAUAUUAGUUGUAGUUGCUAAUAUUUACAUUUUAGUUGCUAAUUAAGCAAAACUUUUCAAAUCCAUAUUUUUUAAUUCGAUUGUGUAUGCAUUAUGCGUCCUCACUGUGUUUUGAACUGAUCACUGUGACUUCAUAUGUUCAUUUUUUCAUGUAUGGAGCUGGUCCCCUGCGUUGAAGGGGAAAAGAGAAGCCCCUUGCAUUACAAAGGCACGCUAGAGUCCUUGUGCCAGCAAAGAAAGAUUGAUUCAGGAGAUGGAAUGCAAUCUUGUCAUCAGUUAGCCUUGGCUCACACUUUAUGCAACAGAAACUCUUCCUGAAGGUACACCAGUGUGUCCCGCAACAAAUAUAUACAAUCUGGAUGACAUACCUGCAUCUUUAAAGACUGAUAGAAUGUUUUGAGAAUGGUCUGGCAUGUGUGUAACGAUACUGAUAUAUUGUUAGCUACAGAGAUAUCAAUGUAACAUUGAUAUGCAUAAUUUGAGCCUGCCAUGUAAGAUGUAGAGCUUCCCUAUAUUACUAACUGUAGGGCUUUCUCCUUGGAGUAGGUGGUUAGUGUCUCUUGCUCCUUAUCUGGGAAUCCUUUCCUGUAUCCUAUUAGAAUUAAGUACGAAUGAGCAAAGGUCAGCUAAGUUUCUGUUCGUCAACUUAACUGUUUUCAUACAAUAUGUAAAGUAUGAAGGUCACUAAAUCAAAAAUGGUUAAUGGUUAAUCAGCAUUGCAGGGUUUUAAAUAUUUACAUGGGUGUAUUCAUGCACAACCACUUUGAGCUUGACAAGGAAAUAACCAUGCUCACAUUUUGACCCAUUGGCCAUAUCCUUGGGUGCAGCUUUGUAUAAUGAAGUUAAGGCUAAUUAAUUAUGGAGCAGCUGAUUGGAUCAUCGCAACAUUUUUAUGCAGUCACUUCAAAGAUCCAAGUCAUUGUUGGUGAGGGUUUUUUUUAUUCUUCCUCCAAGAAGUAUAGUGAAGAGAAAACUAAUAGAAAUGGAGGUAAAAGAGCCACAUUAUAUGCAUUGACCAUAUAAACUAAUAUUUUAUUUCUUUUUAGUCUGCUCUUCAGAACACACACAAAAAAAGAUUCUCAGACCAGUUUACAUAUAUCAGUAAGACAGUCAUUGCCCUCGGGCUUGCAGUCUAAUAGUUGUAAAACAAACAAACGUGAUGCUGUGAGCAGGGCUGUGGAGUCGGUAUGCCAAACCUUCGACUCCGACUCCUCUAUUUUUCUACUUUCCAACUCUGACUCCUUCAUAAAUGGCAAAUGUAUAUUAACUAGUAAUAACAAAUUUACUGUAGUAAAAUGGUAGCACAAGGCAUUUCAUCACCACCACAUGAAUCAUCAGGCUAGAUUGAUAGAACAUAAAAUAUAUUUAUUUGAUUAAAAUUUCUGAACAAGAAAACUUUCCUAAAUUCCUAUGAAAGUGAAUGCAACAGACUAUGCAUUUAAUAAUUUUUUUAAAAAAUUUUUUAACAGAAACAUAGGAUAUCCGUUAAAACUAAAGAAUAUAUAAAACUAUGACUAACAGAACAUAAUACAUAAGCUGUCCUCUUACAAACUUUUUAUAAUUACAUUACCAGAUGCUUUCCUAUAAUUUCUUUAAUAAACAUAUGUACUACAGAAUUAGGUCUAAUAGACCACAAAAUUAUUUAUCUGAGCAAAGAAUCUGAACAAAAAAAUGCUGUCAAAUGAAAACAUACAAGACACUGUUACGCACUUAAUAUUUUUAAUAAAUCUAUGAAGAAUUUGUCCUCAGAAAAAGAAUCGCCUCGAUCAGAUCCUCCUUCAUGGAUGCCCUCAAAUCUGAUCUAAUUAUUCUAAGAGCAGAGAACAACCUCUCAACACUAACUUGGGUCGGUGGCAAAGCAGUAACCACCAGGACAACAUCUCUGACAAUUUCAGGAUAUAAGGGAAUGGCUUCUUGCACUGUUAGUUUUGAUGAACGAUCAAAUUUUUCUACUUCUUUUAGUGCAAGUGAGAAAUUUUGCUGAAAUUUACUCAGUUCUGCAUGGGUUCGGAGGAAUCCUUCUCUGUGUGGCGAUGCUUUGCACGCUCCUUGUGAUCCAAAUAUUUUUCAAAAUCAAAUUCAUCCUCAUUUGAUGAGGCUGAAGACAUGGCAACACUAACUUCUUCCUCCUGACAUUUCUGUAACCCAGUCAUCCUAACUGCUACCUCACACAGAGCAUCUUUCCCUUUAGUCAGCUGUUCAUCAUGCAUCAGAAUCCAGUGCAUUGGGUCUACAUAAACAGCUGCCAAAAGAAUCUUGUUUUGUAAUAAUAGUGCCUCUCUUCGUUUCAUUGAAGCAGCAAUGCCAUCUGCAAUUAACCCUCCUCUUUGGGACAGGCAAAACAUCAGGUUCUUCCACUCCUUCAAGAAAAUGCCUGGAGUUAAGUCCUCAGCUUGUAAUUUUUUAGUUACUGUAAAUGGGUGAUGGAGCAACUCUUUCAAUUCUGUCACCUGUGUCCAUUGACCUUCACUUAGCAUCACUUGAGGGUUGGCCAUAUCCACAAGAAAGGGUUUCAGGUCAAGCAAGCGCUGAAUCAUUAAGUAGGUGUGGCUUGAUCUAUAAUUGCCCCUUUUCCAGUGCGUCUCUUCAAAAUGGAAUCAACUUUAGGUGUUCUGGCAGCAGUAACUAAUUUCCUCACCUUGCCAAUCAGAGCAGCAGCAUGUCCUCCUUUCAGACUGUCUCUUAUUGCCAGCUGCUGUGUGUGCACAACACAGCACAUGUGAUGAAUUUGGGACAGUUUUGAGGCAGCUUCAACAAGAUCAUCUGAAGGAUCAUCAUUUUGUUCUGUAGCAACUUCAGUUUGUUCCUCAGUUGCAGGAGCGUGCUCUUCAAUUUCAAACAUUCCUAUAUCUCUGAAGUGUUCUUCUAGCUGUUGGUCACCUUCAUUAUCUGCAUUCAUUAGUUUAAUUGUACUUAGCAUGUUUGAAGCAUUGUCAGUUACAAUACAGAGAACUUGUUCUUUUUUAAGUUCAUAAUCUUGCAGAACCUUUUCCACUAAGACCUGGAGAAAGUCGCUGGUGUGAUGAGCUUCUGUGUCUUUUACUGCCAGUGUCUUGGUAACUAUUUCAUUCUUGUCACAAACAAAUUGGACAUUGAUGGCAAAAUAGUUCACUCUGUGGCAUGUGCAGGCAUCCAAAUACAAAGCAUCCCUUGAGAGUUUUUUUAAGUUCUCCCUUUUGGUUAAGGACUUCUUCAAUCGCUAUUUUCCUAAUACUGUCUCUUUCCAGAGAAACACCAAGUUUGCGGGCCAUUUCUCCAUUCAGACCUAUAAAAGCCAGUCGUGAAAAUAAUGAUAAAGGCACACCAUCCUUUGCAACAAGUUCAAUGAUAUGUUUUUUGAAUGUAUCUGCCAUCAUUGUUACAGUAAUUUUGUCACCAACAAAAUAUCUUGUAACUGAUGUCUGAGAAGUUUUCUGAUCCUUUGCUUGGCUGGAAGUGCUGGACAUUAGUUCCUGGCUUUUGCUGUUAUCUUUCUCAUUCACAACUUUGAAUACUUCUGGAUGAAAGUGCUGUAAAUGUCUUUUUAAAUUGGAAGCUCUCGUAGGAGCAUGUUUAUCGCUGCCUGAAUAUGCGCUGAUCUUGGCAUCACACCAUAUGUCUUCAUCUGGGUCUUUUGUCAUACACAAAAUGUUUUCCAUCCUGAGUUAUGGUGAAAUGCUCAAAUACAGCUGACUUCAUGGGAAGCUUCUUUGACAUUGUGAAUUUAUAUUUUUAAAAAUUACAAAUAUUUUUCCUGAAAAAUAAAAAAGUAUAAAAUUUAGGUAUAAAAUGAUAUAUUUACCCAAAGCCCAUGAAAGCCCAACAGACUCAGUUCAUUCCUCUGGCUAUGCCUUUGCACACCAGUUAUCCUGAAAAAUAUACCCAAAGCCCCAAAAUGACAACCUUCCUAUGACAACCUUCCCCAAAUGGCUGCCUCACAAAAGGUCUGCCAAAAUGGCCACAAGGCAAAGAAGGGCCCAGUCACAUGGCCCCGAACUAGCACCCAUGCUCCAGCACUAACUGUAGGCCCCAAAUGAUUCCAGGCCCUUAAGCCACCCAGGAGGCCUCAAAUGAAGCAGGCCUAGUAGACCCUCUCCCUGCCCCGACUCCAAACCUUGCAAUACCAGCCCUCCUCCAGGCCCUUAACAGGCCAGCCAGACUGCACAGGAGGCUGCUAAGUGAAGCAGGCCUGCCAGGCCUAGCAGAGACUCUCUCUGCCCAGACUCCAAACCUUGCAGGCCCCUUGCCUCAACUGCUCCAAGCCUCUCUCUCAUGCUCCAAUGCUGAGAAGCUGACCCACCAGGUCCUCUUUCUCCCGCCUUGUGUGCCACCGAAACAGAUAACCAGCCAAGACCCAAAGCAUCUAACGUGGCCUAGCAACCUGUUCCAUCUAAGGCCUAAAGCACCUAACGUGGCCUAGCUACCUGCUCCGUCGUCGCAUCAGGUCAGAAAGAGGCCGAGGGGAGGUGGAGCAGGGCUUAAAUAGCCACCCUGCGCCACCCCCUAUGUGACAGGCAUGCGUGGCCAUGCCACACCCAAAAAGAGAGGGGCGUUGAAGCCAUGCCAGGUCUUCCCCAGCAUGACUGCAAAGGCCCACCAUUGCCAGAGCUCUUGGGUCUGACAAUGGUGGGAAUUGUUAUAAUAUUAUAAGUUUUUAUUUUGAAGCCGGAGUCGGUACAUUUCUACCAACUCCGACUCCACCAAAAAUUGCUUCCGACUCCACGACUCUGACUUCACAGCCCUGGUUGUGAGUGUCUGUGAUAGAUGAAUGUCAUUGUUAUUCUCUUGUCCUUUGAUAACUUUACAAAGAUUUAUUUGCAGUUUUAUUUUUGUUUGAUUCUUACAGUUGUGCAUUUCCAGUUGAGCGCCAUAAGGGGGUAAUUAUAUAAAGCUGUUAUCAGCCUUUCUAAAUGCUGGGGUAGCUGACACAAAAGCAUGGUAGCGCUAAUUUUCCUAAGGUGUAUACCAAAAUGUCAAAAUCUAGUGUUGAAUAGUAGUCAGGUGACUGAGUUUUGGUUUUGGUUUUGGCCUUGGUUUUGCAACUCAUCUCUGCCAUUAAUUCACUAACAGGUGUUAAGCAAGCCACGCUCUCUGUGACCUCUCUACAGCAUUGGGAUAAUAAUGGUAACCUACCUCACAGGCCUGUUCCUAGUGCAUGGAUUAACUGAGAUAAUGUCUGUAAAGUGCUUUCAAUACUGAGAGUGCUAUUUGCAUUCUGAUUGUUGUUAUUAUUAGCAUCACCUUUAGAUUCAACUUUUACCUGUUACUUUUUACAUCUUUGAAUAUGAAGCAUUAAACAUGAACAUAUCUACUAUCAAAGCUGUGUUGUUGCUCUGUAGCCAUUCUCUUUUUUGAAGUCACUCUAGAAACGUUUUGGAAAAAGCCCCAGAGUCAUUAAUCUGAUUUGCACCAAUCAGAUGCCACUCAAAACCCAUGGCAUGAAAAGA